CCUUUUUUUUAAGAUUUCCUGCAAAUCUUAUCAUGUGUAAAUAUGGCAAUUUUACCCCCAUAUGCAUGCAAGUUCGAACAGAAAAUGAAUGCAGCUAGCUACGUGAACGUUCAAUAGCAAUAUGGCUCGAAAUCAUGGGAAAUAUUUUUCUCAAAAAGCCUUGGCCAGGGGUAUAGCAUUGGAAGCACCAGACGGAGGAUGGGGCUGGGCUGUUGUUCUAGCAUUUGGAUUAAAUCAUAUUUUUAUUGUAGCCGUCAUCCAAAACUUUUCACUGAUAUAUUCAAAUGCUAUUGAAGGCUUUGGCAUAACUGUCGCGAACCUGUCUCUAAUCCUCAAUAUUAACUCGGCGGUGAACAAUGCGCUAGGUCUGCUGAAUGGGCCACUACUAAAAAAAUAUUCGUGCCGACAAGUCGCAGUUUUCGGCGGACUUCUUGUGUUUAGUGGCACAUAUUUAACUUCGAUGGCAGUUUCCAUGCCGUACUUCAUCAUGUCCUUCGGAGUGAUUUUCGGUCUCGGUUUUUCGUUAGUGAGUCCAGCAAGUGUAUAUUCAAUCAACUCGUAUUUCACAAAAAGGAGGGCGCGCGCCAUGGGCCUUGCGAUGACAAUUAGCGGUCUAGGCAAUGUACUAUUGCCCCUGGCCGUGAGUUUCUUGCUCAGGUAUUACACCGCCUCGCAGACAAUGCUCAUUGUGGCCGCACUUGUGUUGCACUGCGUCCCAGCCUCGCUCCUCCUGCAGCCGGUACAGUGGCACAGGGUGCCAGUCAAGGAGCAGGUGCCGCUGCUGCCUCAGGAGGGCGACGACACCCUGCAAACGGUGCCCAGGAGAACAAGGACGGCGACUUUGACCUCGGUGGACGUCGGAAACUCGUUGUUUGCUGUGGCGGACGGAGACCACGACGAUCAGUAUCAGCAAAGGCUGCCCAAGCUAGGUAGGAGCGUUUCACAGCAACGGAAAAAUUCUGAUCAAAUCAUGGAAGAGGACACAAACUCGCUGGAAAAUAUCAGUCUCACGAUCAGAGAUGACAGCUCCAGUGAUGGAAAUGAGGAAUUCGACACGAGUGCAGAAACUCAGUCGCCAGAACAAGGCCAAGAAAAUAAAUCCUGUUUCGGAAAAAUCGUCGAUCUAUUUGAUCUUGACUUACUGACCAAUCCAACUUACGUCAUAACUGCAGCAGGAAUCGCUUUGGCCUUCUGUGCAGAAAUUAAUUUUUUCCUUCUGACUCCAGUGAUAUUCAAAGAGCUGCAUGGCUUCGACACAUACCAAAUCGCGAAAUACCAGUCUUCGCUAGCUACCACAGACUUAAUAUUUAGAUUACUAGCACCUUACAUUGCUGAAUUCCUAAAACUAUCAAACAGAUCGAUGUACCUCAUUAGCAUCGUGGGAUUGUCCUUAUUUAGAGCACUGGUCAUGAUCUUCCUGGAAUAUGAAUAUGUGAUGGUGAUGGGAUUAUUUUUGGGAAUGGCCAAAGGAGUUCGGACAGUUUUCAUGCCGCUAAUUCUACCAGCAAUUGUUCCGUUGCACAGACUUCCAUCAGCCAUCGGACUUUCAAUGUUGAUGAAAUCAAUAGCCUUCAUGACUCUGGGGCCUGUCUUUGGAACUAUUAAAGACGUGACUGGCUCUUUCGUCUACGUUGUUAUCGCAAUCAACAUAGUAGCAAUGCUAACAGCAGUUGUUUGGCUUACUAAAGAUUUCUGCUUCAAAAAGAAACCUACUGAGGACUGAGGCAUGAU